AGCUCUUCUUCUGGUUUUAGUCAACUUUCCGCGCUCGGUCUGUACGAACGUGUUUGCCCGCGUUGCGCUCGGCAUCUGUUUCGCUGUGAAUGUGCUGCGCGUCUGCGAGUGAGAGUGUGUUUGAGUGCGUUACAUAUAUUGUUGUUGCUUUGUAAUACAUUCUGCUAUCGAAACCAAAGAGCAUAUUGCCUGCACCUGCACAUCAUAAAAUGCACAGUAAGAAACAGCAGCAACAACAAAAAAAACACCAGCAGGCUCGUGCAAUGCCGGCAAAAACAACGUAAUGCAUUAUGUUGUCCGUGUGCCUUGUGUCUCUGUGAGCUAGUGCGUGUGCUUCUCUUUUCCUCUCACUCUCGCUGUGACCAAAUUUAUUUACGGUAUCGCGCAAAGCAAAGUGCAAUAAAAUCAACAACAACAACAACAGAAGCAAAAGCCGGCAAGGCCAUAAAAUUUUUCGACUGUGCGUGUAUUAAUCGUGUGUUUGAUUGUGACAAACCUUUGCAACAACAACAACAACAGCAACGACAACAAAAUGUUAGCCCCAAAGCUUGCAUUGAAAUGUGCGCAACAACAAAACCCACAUCUGCCCAGCAGAAGCAGAAGAACAACAACAAAUUCCGCCUGCCUUGUGAUAUUCAGCAGUCUGUUUUUGUUGUUGCUUACAACAACACAGGCACAACCCCAACACCCAGAGGGCAGCUCCUUAGCUGGCGCCAAUCUCGCUGCACUGGCCGCCCCAGGACCAGUGGCUGGUCCGGGCGCCUCCUCCGCCGUGGCCGGCGGCUCAUCGAUCCUCGACCAAUUCAGCCCCAACUGCAGCGCCGUGGCGCACAUUUUCCAGGCACGAGGCAUCGAUGCCAAUGAAAUACCACAAAAGCCCAGCAACGAACGCGUGCUACGCUACUGUGAAUCGCCCUCGGUGGGCACAUGCUGCACCUACAACAUGGAGUCUCGCAUGGCGGUGCAAUCCCGCCAACAGUUGGAAUGGCACACCAAGGAGCAGAUAACCAAAAUGUCUGGUCUGCUGGGCGGCAAGGCAACCAAAUUUAAUGAUAUUUUUCGCAAGUUGCUGCUGGAUUCGAAAGCCCAGUUCAAUAUGAUGUUCACGCGCACAUAUGGCGUUAUCUAUCAGCAGCAUUCGUAUGUCUUUUCGGAUCUGUUCAACGAACUGGAGAACUACUAUUCCCGCGGACGGGUGGAUCUAUUGGACGUGAUGGACAAGUUCUUUAGCACGCUCUACCAAAAGAUGUUCACUGUGCUCAAUGCGCAGUAUGCCUUUGACGAAAAAUACAUGCGCUGCGUCAGCGAGCACAUGAAGGAACUGAAGCCAUUCGGCGAUGUGCCCGACAAGCUCUCAGUUCAAAUCAAACGAUCCUUUGUGGCCACACGCACCUACGGCCAGGCACUGGCCACCGCCGCUGAGGUCUCCAAAAGAAUAUUAACCAUUCGACUCAAUCCGGACUGCACGGGCGCGCUGACCAAAAUGCAACACUGCGGCGCCUGCAAGGGCUACACGGAAAAGCCCUGCACCAACUACUGCGUAAAUGUGAUCAAGGGCUGUUUACAUUACCUGCACGAGUUCGAUACCGAGUGGGAGAACUUUGCCCUGGCCAUGGACAAGGUGGCCGAACGCAUGCUCGGCUCAUUCAACAUUGUGAUGGUUGUGGAGCCCAUAAACAUCAAAAUCUCCGAGGCCAUCAUGAAUUUCCAGGACUCCGGUCAGGACAUCACCAAUCGGGUGUUCCAGGGCUGUGGCAAACCCACAUUAGGACGAACCAAGCGCUCCAUUAAUCCCAAACUUCUGCUGGCACCUUCUGCUGCCGCUGUGCAGGAACUGCGUGCAGAUAGCGCGCCGGAAACGGACACACUCGACAUUGAUGCCACUUUGGAUGAGGCAAUUGUGCUGCGCGAGCGACGUGCCGCCGAGCCGGGCUCACAAGAGUCGUCGGCACAGCAGUCGCAGGAGCAGGGCGUGCCCAUGAAUGGCAAUGGAGGCGGCAACAAGCGCCAGCAGCAGCGCCGUAAACAGCAGCAGCAGCGACGGAAGCAGCAGCAGCAGCAGAACAAUCGCAACGACAAUGACAACGACGAUGGCGACAGCAAUGGCGGCAACAGGGAUCCUAUUCUUGACAAGGUUGUGCGCGAUAUACGCCAGCGUGUGAAGGACUACAAGAAGUUCUGGUCAAACCUGCCGAUUUCGAUAUGCAGCAAUGAGGACAUUGCCGCCUCGUCCGAUGUGGAUGGCAUGUGCUGGAAUGGACACACGAUAGACAGAUAUAUGCACGCAGUGACCACGGAGCAUGGCUCGAAUCCCGAAUUUAGCGGUAAUCCAGCGAGCACGCGCCAAACUGCACAGAUGUCCACGCAGCUGUUCCAUUUGAAGAAUGCAAUCACCCAUUUGCGCAAUGCCUACAACGGCCAGGAUGUGGACUGGAGCGAGCAUGAGGAACCCUAUGUGGGCAGCGGCGCUGGCUCCGGUUCGGGCUCCGAGGAUGAUGAAGACGAUGACGAGGGCUCUGGCUUGGGUCCGUUUGAGCCCAGCCACAAGCCGGACGUGGAGCAUCCGUCGGUGCAUGUAGACUCUGAUAACGAUGAUGAUGAGGAUACAAAUCCGUCCGUUACCACCCACACCUCGCGUCCCAAUGUGGAUGACAAGAAUCCGCUGGUGCAUACCACGCACGUGACCCACGAUCAUAAUGAUCUGGAUGAGCCUAGCAAUGGCGACGACGAUGAGGAUGAUGACACCGCCCACAACUCCUCAACAGACGGCGCCACGCGCACCUCCAAUGCACCGGAGAAGAUGACGCUGCGUCGGGCUCUGGUCGUCUAUUUGCUGCCUCUUUAUAUGGCGUGGUUCGGUGGCGUCUGCGCCGAUUUGCUGUGAUUAUUUAAAACGCUGCCCCCAACGAAAGCGAAGCGAGCAAGCGAACAAGUGCAGCUGAGGUGGAAUAUAUCACGCCCCAUGUCCGCUGCACGCCCACACCUCUCAGUCAUUCAUCCAUGAAACAAAAAUGUUAUUAGAACUUCUUUUAUACGAAAUGCCAGUCCAAAAUUUUAUAAAAACUUUUGUCAAAGCAAUGAAAAAGCAAUGAGAAAAAAAAGAGACCCCCAGUUAUGGACAGCCCUUUCAAAACGCAACAAUUCGAAAUCAAAUCAAAUCAAUCCAAUAUCGGGAUACAUCGAAUAUUGGAAUCGACUUCAGAAUUGCGAGCUUUGGAAACUGUUGCCCAUCACUGUAUAAAGAAAAGGAAUACGUAACGAGUCCUCCCCCCAUUUAGAUGAUUUAAGUCCAGUAACCUAAGUCGUAAGUGCGAAAUUCUAAUCUGUAAGCGUAUGAAUGCGUGUAUGAGUAUGUUUGAAUGUGUUUUUUGAGUGCCUGUGUGUGAGUGCCUGUUCAUUGUGAUCGUUUAGCAAAAAUUAACUAUAAACAUUAUAGAACGUAUACUAAGCGAAACUUAUAUUUGUAUUAUAUUUAUACAUAUUCUAUAUAUAAAUAUGUAUACAAACAUGCAUAUACGUAAAAGUUGCCAGCAUAUUUAAACCAUUUAAAUUAACAAAAAAAAAACAACAACAAGCAUUAGCAGCAAUAACUAAUUUCUAACUGUACUGAACUGUAAUCUAGUAUCUUAGUUGACGUUUCCUCGUUUUAAAAUCGAUAAUCAGAUGCGUCGAAGCCCCAAGCUCUUUUGUAGUGGGCUAUCCAGCAAAAAUAUGUUAUACAAUAUUAUAUUAUGACGAUUAUGUAAUAUAAUAUUAUAUAUAUAAAUAAGUUCUAAAGCCCUUGGACGCAUCAAAAAAAAAAAACAAAAAAAAAAGCAAA